AUGAAGUCUCUCCAGGAGGCCCUGCAAAAUCAACUUAAAGAGACCUCCGAGAAAGCAGAAAAACAACAGGCUACUAUUAAUUUUUUAAAGACUGAAGUGGAAAGAAAGAGCAAAAUGAUCCGGGAUCUUCAGAAUGAGAAUAAAAGCUUGAAAAACAAACUCUUAUCAGGAAAUAAGCUGUGUGGCAUCCGUGCAGAAGAGUCAAAAAAAAUUCAAGCCCAGCUGAAGGAGCUUCGUUAUGGGAAAAAGGAUUUAUUAUUUAAGGCCCAACAGCUUACUGAUCUGGAACAAAAAUUAGCUGUGGCCAGAAAUGCACUGGAGAAAGCAGCUCUUGACCGGGAGUCACAACUGAAAGCACUGAAACAGACUGUACAACUCUGCCUGUCAUCUGUUUUUCGUGAUCAACCACCCCCUUUGAGUCUAAUCAGGUCAGAUCCAACUCAGAUGUCAAUUCCACCCAGUCCCAUUGAUGUCAAGAUUCUAGAUGCAAAGACAAAAAGCAAGCCUGAACAAAGCACUCCUGGAAGCAGUGAGAACUCUCAAGUUGUUACAACAAAGGAAGAAAAUCUGAAUGCCCCUGAGUGCAAUUCUGAAAAUGAGGGCAGGACAUGUUUGAUGAAGCAUAAAGAAAAUCCCCCAAGCAAUGGCAGUACAAAACCAGAGCCUAUUCCACAGAAAUUGCAAAUGCCUCCUUGUACUGAAUGUGAAGUGGAAAAAAAACAGGAAAAAACAAUUCACCAGCUUUGAAGGAAGGGUGACUAAAGAAGAAAAAAUACUGUA